UGUGCUCAGUCAGAGUAAAAGAGCAGCCAUGGCUCUCCAAGCCGUCAAAAAAUUUAGAAUAAAAGAACUGAAGGCUAUUUCUCCACGAAACAUCUCUCCAUCUCAGUCUACACCUAAACCAUCGCUUCCUAAUGCUGUAACUCGCUCAAAUCCUUUCCUGCCUCACCGCAACCCCAACACAGGGCGAUGGAUUCCACCCAAAUACUCCCUCCGUCAGCAAGCCGACUUGGUGAAAAAAGCGAAGCAGACCAACACGCUCGCUCUCAUUCCUCCAGGUCCCAAGCUGUCCGUACUAGAGGCGACUGUAGCGCGACAACACUCCCUGCCCGUUUCUGUCCGUCCCCAGCCGUGGUCGAAGCCAGUUGAGUGGGAAGGACAGGUGAAAGAACGUGUUGUUCCAGGAGCAGAUAUCGGGAACAGGCUGUAUGCGGGUAAGAAGCGUAUGUUCAAAGGGCACAAAUGGGAGCGCGUGCUGGAGGGCAAGACGAAGCGCAAGGCCAUGCUUAUGCGCGACAUGGGGAAGCGGAUUACGAGGUUCAAACAGCAUUACAAACGGAGACGUCCACAUCCUCUCAAGCCGCCUCGCACGUCGAAGAGCCAGAAGUUACCAUUUUAGCGGUAGAACACGACCGCUACUAUUACCGGUGCCUCUCAGUAGCUGGCUCAUUGCGACGUCGGUCUACUAGCUACGGAAAAAUAUAUCUUGUUUAAUGCGCUUUCCGUUCAUCUCACUACGGUGGUCAACAUGAAGAGUAGCGACAAGAAUAAAAUCGCAUACAUGGAAUAUCAAACUUGACUUUGACUCCUUUUUCAGCACAGUGAUAACUAAUCUUGUCACUUUCACCUUCCCACCUAGGACCGCUUCCUGGAAGCACUGUUCCCCAUUUUGUGAAAGUCACAUUGACCGUAUGUGCAGUUUUAGUCCCGAAUACACAUCAAAUGCAAAGAACACACAUUUUUACACCCUCGCAGCAAGAGGAUAUACAAGAUAUACAAGCAUUUAGAGGGUCUCGCUAGCCCUAUGGAUUUCACUCUGAUCCAGCCAGCUAGACCUUAUCUCGCAAAGUUAGGGCCUACAAACUCUCGAGUCGUGAUGUUUUACAACACGGGGAGAAAAGAUGGUUUUUUUCUCGGUCUGGAAUUGGCGUUUAUCCUUUUUCCUGAUAAAAGACUAUUUCAACUCAUUUUUUGGACAGCGGGGCUGGCAAAGGCUUGGCUUGGGUCGCACUGUGGUGAAUCUAACGCUUCCUCUCAGCUACUGGUACCAUUUGUUGCAUGAAGUAUAUCUAUUGUGGUAAUGUACGCAAAAUAAAAGGACACUCCAUUACUUUGUUGCGACUUUGCCAAACGCUCUCGUUCUGAUAUUUGAUUUAUAUUCCCACGUUGAGUACCAUCCCAGCUACUUCGUUGAGUUGUGACCAUUUUUCGAAGCCUAGGAAUGUACCCUUGGAUAAUCUAUCACCAGGAUUUAUUUCUGCUGGGAUCUUUGACUUCCUAUUCUGACCUAGUUCUAAAGUUAGGGGAUUAGCGUGUGAUCGAGAAUUGUAUAGCAAGCAUGCUUCGUCACCCAGUUCGAAGGUACAGUCGGUAUCCGGCGGCCAUGUUGUCGUUGCCCAAUGUCAAGCAAAUUCGAUCUGUAGUCACUU